AUGAUGCAAAUCAAGAUCCUAUUUGCCUUUCUUGCUGUCCUGAUGCUGAUCGGUCUGGGACCCAAAGAAACCGAUGCUGUCGACUGUCUUUCUGGAAGAUAUAGGGGCGGCUGUUACGUCUGGUCAAAGGAAAAAUGUAAAAGGUUUUGCAUUAGUGAAGGACGAUCCGGUGGACACUGCAGCCCCAGUCUAAAAUGUUGGUGCGAAGGAUGCUGA